CGCGGUGAGAAGAUGUUCCGGGUGCGGUCUGCUGUGUGGGCGGGGCCUCGGCGGCAGCAUUGUCGGCCCCUCCUAGUUUCCGUGUCAGUGUGAGGAGCUGGGGAGCGUUACCCCGGAGCUGCUGGAAGAUGUCUGCGCUGUCGGCCUGGUUCUGGAAUGAACGCUUCUGGCUCCCGCAGAACGUCACCUGGGCGGACCUGGCAGACACGGAGAGCGGGGAGCAGUACCCGCGGGCCGGACACCUCCUCUACGCCUUCCCCAUGGCGCUGGGGAUCUUCGCCUUCAGGCUGCUGUUCGAGAGAUUUAUUGCUAAGCCCUGUGCACUACGACUGGGCCUGCAGGACAGUGGACCAAGAAGAGCACAGCCCAAUGCCAUCCUAGAAAAAGUCUUCAUUUCCAUCACAAAGUGUCCCGAUGGGAAGCACCUGGAAGGACUAUCCAAACAGCUGGACUGGGACGCACGUAAAAUUCAGAGGUGGUUUAGGCAGAGGCGGAAUCAGGAUAAGCCAAGCUUAGUACGAAAAUUUUCAGAGAGCAUGUGGAGGUUUCUAUUUUACUCGUAUAUCUUUUCCUAUGGAGUAUGGUGUCUUUGGACGACGCCUUGGCUCUGGGAUACACGACAGUGCUGGUACAACUACCCCUAUCAGCCACUCACGCAGGCUCUGUACUACUAUUAUAUUCAAGAGCUGGCGUUCUACUGGUCCCUAAUGUUCUCCCAGUUUACAGAUAUCAAACGUAAGGACUUCUUAAUCAUGUUUGUUCAUCAUUUGGCCGCUGUUGGCCUGAUAUCGUUUUCUUAUGUCAAUAACAUGGUCCGAGUCGGGACUCUGGUGCUGUGCCUGCAUGAUUCAUCUGAUUUCUUGAUGGAGAUAGCAAAAAUGUCAAAUUAUGCAAAGUACCAGAGGAUAUGUGACGGCUUCUUCAUGAUCUUUGGACUCAUGUUUGUUACCACACGACUUGUGAUUUUUCCAAUAUGGAUCCUGAAUACGACGCUGUUUGAGAGCUGGGAGCUGAUCGGUCCUUACCCCUCAUGGUGGCUGUUUAAUGGCCUCUUGGUAAUCUUACAAGUCCUGCAGGUCAUUUGGUCUUACCUCGUCAUUCGCAUAGCCUACAGGUCUCUGACAAAGGGAAAGGUUGGAACUGGAAAAUGUCACCCUUUGCCUGUAUUGAAAGACGAACGCAGUGAUAUAGAAAGCAGCUCGGAAGAAGAGGAUACAGCAUUAAAUGGCACAAAAUCAGUCCAUAACACAUCCAGCAAUGGGGCCAACCGGGCUAAUGGCCAUGCGUCAAGUGGCCAGUGGUCUGAAGAAUAAGUGAAUGGACAGCCCAGCAACAUAGUAAUACAAAUGCCUUGCAAAAGUAUUCACCCCUUGACUUUUUUCGUGUUUUGGUGCCUCACAACCUGGAAUUAACAUGGAUUGUUUGAAGAUUUGCAUCAUUUUAUUUACAGAACUUGCCCACAACUUUGAAGAUUUAUUUUAUUUUAUUUUUAUUGUGAAGCAAACAACAAAUAGGAAAAAAAUAACGGUAAACGACAAUGUGCAUAACUAUUCACCCCCAUAAAGUCAAUACUUUGUAG